GCGCGUCAGAGCCGGUGGACAAGUGCUCGAGCACACAGCCAGUGUAAUCUCAGGUGAAGAGCUUUACCGUACGCAUCGUGCCAUAUACACACGACCACGACGGAUGUCUACAAUAGCAAAAUAAUAUAGUUAAAUGGCUAUCACAACUGUGUGUGCAUAGGCUACAAACAGGGUUUUUCUUCGCCGAUGAUCUACAAUGCAGUCCUCGGUUUGGUUUGUCGCUCAUUGCGCUCUCAUCUUCUGCCAGCUCCGACACACCAAGGGGAAGAAUGGACCGCGUCCGUGCAGUGAGGCCGACUACUACUACGAGUACACGGAGUGCGACAGCACAGGGUCCCGAUGGCGGGUUGCCAUCCCUCACAGUCCCGGAGCCUGCGACGGCCUGCCGGAGCCAGUGAAGGGCACAGAAUGCACGUUCUCCUGCAGGGCGGGGCAGUUCCUGGAGAUGUCCGCCCAGGAGUGCACGCCGUGCGCCGCGGGGAGCUACUCCCUGGGCAGCGGCAUCCGCUUCGACCAAUGGGACGCCACGCCGCCGGGGUUCAGCAGCCUGGCGGCGACGUCCCCCGGCGGCGGCGGCGGCGUGGGCGGAGACGACGCGCAGCUCUGCAACAGUUCGACCUGGGUCCCUCAGGGCAGCUACAUGGAGUCCAACCGGGACGAGUGUGCCGUGUCGCUGAUCUACGCCGUGCACCUGAAGAAGCAGGGCUCCGUCACCUUCGACUACCAGUACCCCGACAACAACCUGCUCUUUGAGUUCUUUAUCCAGAACGACCAGUGCCAGGAGACGGAUCAGACUGGCGUCAAGAAGUGGCUGAAGCUCACCAACCACGGGGAGUGGGCUACGCAUUCGGUGAGCCUCAAAUCCGGCAGCAACGUCCUGUACUGGAGAACCGGAGCCGUUCUCAUGGGCAGCAAGGUGGUGAAGCCCGUUCUGCUGAAGAACGUCCAGAUCGAAGGAGUGGCCUACACCUCCGAGUGCUUCCCGUGCAAGCCCGGGACCUACAGCACAGAGCCCGGCUCUGACUCCUGCCUGCCCUGCCUACGGGACACCUACUCCGGGCACGGAGCCAGCUCCUGCACCCUCUGCAACACCACCACCCACUACGCAUCCGAGGGAUCAGGAGAGUGUAAUCAGAGACCUCCGUGCUCCAAGAAGGACCACUUCCAGAUCCACACGGCUUGUGACAGCGAAGGAAAGACGCAGAUCAUUUAUAAAUGGAUCGAGCCCAAGAUCUGCCUGGAGGGAGUGAGCGGUGCGGUGCCACUGCCCCCUAGUGGCGAGCACAAGCCGUGCCCGCCCUGUAACCCCGGCUUCUACAACAACAACACGGCGGUGUGCUCCCCCUGCCAGCCCGGUACCUACUCAGACGGCACCAAGGUGUGUAAGCGGUGUCCAGCCGGAACAGAGCCCGUCCUUGGUUAUGAGUACAAGUGGUGGAAUGUACUUCCUGCCAACAUGAAGACUUCCUGUUUCAACGUGGGCAACUCCAAGUGUGACAGCAUGAAUGGUUGGGAGGUGGCUGGAGAUCACAUUCAGUCCGGAGCUGGAGGAUCAGACAACGAUUACCUAAUCCUCAACAUCCACAUCCCUGGCUUCAAACUUCCUACGUCGCUCCCCAGCAGCAGAUCUGGGACGGAGUUCGGUCGCGUCGUCUUUGAGUUUGAGACGGAGUGCAGCAGCGACUGUGAGCUCUACUUCAUGACGGAUGUAAACAGGAAGAGCACCACCGUGGUGGAGUCAUGGGCUGGCAACAAGACCAGACAGUUGUACACCCACAUCAUGACCAAGAACGCCUCCGUCUCCUACACAUGGGCCUUCCAGAGGACCAACCAGGCCUGGGACGUGCGGUACAAGGUUCACGACGUGGCGCGGAUCUUCUCCGUCACGGUCAGCAACGCGCUGGACGGCCAGUCCUCGGAGUGCCGCGCCUGCGCCCUGAGCUCGCGGCCCUCCGGCUCCCUCUGCGUGCCCUGCCCCCCCGGACACUACAUAGACCCCCGCAGCAGCAAGUGCACCGAGUGCCCCCCCAACACCCACCUGGUGCCCCGCACCACCAUGGGGGCCGACACCUGCCGGCCCUGCGGCCCCGGCAGCCGCAGCAGCAAAGAGCACAGCUUAUGUUUCAGCGACUGUCAGUUCAGCCACACGGACGGGAACGUGACUCUGAGCUUCGACUUCGGCCCCAUGGGGUCCGUGGGGACCCUGAUGAACGGCCCAAGCUUCACCUCCAAGGGCACCAAAUACUUCCAUCAGUUCAACAUCAGCCUCUGUGGGGGAGAGGAGCGUAUGGCACUGUGCUCGGACAACGUGACGGACCUCCCCACCAGCGAGGGCCAGGGAGAGAAGGCGGAGGCGACCAACGCGGUGAAGACCUUCAUCUGCCAGUCGACCAUCAUCCCGGCCUCCGGGAGAGGCCUGCACACGGCCCUGUCCUCGCAGUCCAUCAACCUGGCCAACACCUUCCUGGGGGUGACGGUGGCCAACGCGCUGGAAGGUAUCCAGUCCCGGCCGGAGCUGUUCUCCCAGUCCGCCAGGAAGGUUCCCGACGUCAACUUCUUCUACCGGUCACUGGAGCCGACGUCGUCGUGCGAGUCAGGCCGUAGCGCCGUGGUCACGCUGCGCUGUCGGCCGCAGAUGAGUGCCCAAGGACAACUCACGGUGCCCAGCGAGUGUCCUGCCGGGACCUGCGACGGCUGCACCUUCCACUUCCUGUGGGAGAGUUCAGGGGCGUGUCCCACGUGCACGGAAAUGGACUACCAUCAAAUAGAAGGAGCCUGCAGGGGAGGGCAUCAGGACAUGCUGUACGUGUGGACUGAACCAAAGCUCUGCAUGGGAGGGGUGUCUCUGCCUGAGAAGAGGACGCUGCUGUGCGAGAACAUGGACUUCUUCAUCCGCCUGAGUGCCAGCCUGGGGGCUCUGACGGCCCUGCUGCUCGUCGUCCUCACCUGCUACUUCUGGAAGAAGAACAAGAGGCUGGAGUACAAGUACUCCCGUCUGAUCAUGUCCGCCAACAAGGAGUGCGAGAUGCCCGGCGCCGACAGCUGUGCGGUGAUGGAGGGCGAGGAGAACGACGGCGACAUGGACGACGACGUGGUGUACACCAAACCCUCGCUGCUGGGGAAACUGAAAGCCAUCGCGUCAAAGGGAAAGGGAGACCGCUACGAGAACGUCCAGCUCAACUCCUCUCAUCCAAAGGCCUUGGUGUGGAGCUAGAGGACGAGCGCUUCAAACCGGGAAGAGAAGGAGAGGGGGGGCGAGGCCCUCCAGCAGCGGGCGUGCCCUUUACUAGUUGUUCCCCCCCCUUUUGUAGUGUGCCUGUUUGUGCACUCACACAGCACACCUGACCGCAGAGCGGGUGUGUCAAGGUUGAGGGGAUCUCACCCAUACAUCGUGGCCUUUAUGGGUCCGCACAAGAGAGCAAGCCAAGCUGCCACGUGAGCUGUAAAAAGUGUGUGUGCGUGCGUGCGUGCGUGCGUGCGUGCGUGCGUGCGUGUGUGUGUGUGUGUGUGCGUGCGUGUGUGCGUGUGUGUGUGUGUUGUGAGACUGGUUGUUAUAAAUGCAAUGUGUAUUGGAAAUGCUCAGGUGAACAGGAGUACUUAUUGUUUUCGCUUUCGUUUUUGUAUUUAUUCCAGUGUUUGUUGUAUUUCAAUAUAAUGUCUUUCCCUUUUCGUUCUUUGAAUUGCUCAGGCGUCAUGAUCAUCAUUGUCCAACUACACCACUGCUGAUUUCCCACAAACUGAUCCUUCACAUCCGGUUAUGUCCACAACUUGUUUAUGGUUCAUUGUGUUGCCGUCCUAUGGGAUUGCAGAAUUGUUCUCUUGACCCUAUGGGAAUCAUAAUGUCUCAAGGCACUGAUAGGGAAAGAGAUUUUGAUGCAAUGUCAAAUAAAUAUUGUAUUUACCUACAUGUGAGUCUAUAUGGUAGUACUACAAUGCCGUUGCUGAUGUUUGUUUUGUCAGCUGUUUUUUUCUUGUUCAUCAGAACAUUUCUCUGUUUAUCGUUUUUUGAAAUCAUUGAAGAACGGAAAAACUGCUGAUUAAAUAUUAAAAAACGUUGAAUUAC